GAGUGAGGACUGCGGCCCUGCUGUGAAAUAAUCUCUACUUAAAUGAAGACCUUGGAGGGUUCGUUGUGUAGGAAAAAUUGUGAGGUUGUGAAAUGAGAAUACGUGGAAUUUUACCUGAUACGACAAAAAUAAUGUAAUGUCGUGACUGGAGUAAAUUUACAAUUUUUUGCAGUUUAGUGAAAGUUGAAAAUUUGUAAAGUUAGGACAAAAGCCAAAAAGUUAAAGACUUAUAUCACUCAAUUAAGAUUACUAAUAAGGUUAUUUAUGUAAACAGUUAAAAUAAGAACCGUGUUAAAGUAAUAAGUGUUCGUAAUUGGUAAUAAUGAUUAAAUUACAACUUUAAUCUUUAUAUUGAGGAUAGUGAUCCGUGUACAUAACUGAUCUUCUGUAUUGCUGGCCCCUGUUUGGGGAACGUUCGUAAAAAUGCAUACCAUGCAAUACUUUAAACUUUAGAGAUACGUAUUUACAUAUCUGCGAACAAAUGAACUUUUAUUUAAAUUAGGUAAAUAUCGUACAAUGAAAUUGACGAAAAUUUGACCUUCCUCAACGUCAAACACAACUCAAACCCUAAAAAAAUGCGUUUUUGGAGUAAAAAUAAAUCUAAUAUAUUAUGGAAGAAAGGAGUGUGAUUAAAGCUUGAAUUCGUAAUUCGCUUUCUCUUUCAUAUUUAACUGAAAAUUCGCAAAUUCACCUCAAUCAAGGAGAAAGUAUAGGAAUUUAGGGAGAAAUAAUCAAAAUUCGUUAUGUAAGUUACGCCACUUCUUGACUCAUUUCUCCAAAUGAGAGUCUCAUUAUGAGACACCUUUGCUGACUGAACUGCACCUCAAACUGAUACGUUUUGAUACAUAAUUAGUCCCAUAUUUACGAUAUAAAACUUGAAUUAUAGUGAUUUUUCGAGAAUUGCCGUCAAAACAAUGCCCCUUCUUCUCACCCCACAAAUAACCCCCACUCACACAUCGUAACAAUGCAUCAAGCCCGCGGGGGUGGUGGUGGUGGGGACGUCUACUCAUGGUUGACCCGGCUUGACCUUGCCCACCACUUGGACGCCUUCCUCUCCGCCGGAUAUGACGAUCUUGCUCGUUGUCGUCACAUCGGAGAAAGUGACCUCGCCGCCAUCGGGGUCACAGAUAUCCACGAGCGCCUCGCUCUUCUCCAAGCCAUCCGUCUCCUCCAUUCAUCCGCCGCCGUGACCCCCUCGUCCAAACGGGUCAAAGGUCAAGGUCUCCCACCACGUGAAGAGAUCGAGCUAAAAGUCAUCCCAUCAAACAACAGUCAUGUCCUUUUUUACAAUAAUAACAACAACAAUAACGGUUACCACCAUUUCGGAAGUGCAAGUCAAGGUCAACAGGGUCAUCUCGGGGUCAAGUAUCACUUGGAGGAUGCCUUCCUGCCAGGUGAAAAUGGUGAUGCUGAUUACUCCGAGUGUGCAGAAUUUGACCUGACGCGGUGCUACUGUGAGGGAGGUGGAGGUCAGUGUGGUGGUGAGUGCAGAGGGGUCAUUGACCCCGAGCCCUUCUACGAGUCUGUCCUUAGUGGUCGUCCCCAAGUGGGUGGUGUGGGGUCAACCGGAAGUGGGGCUAAUUUAGUGACGAGAAACCAGUUUGAGUUGCAGACUCAUGGGAGAGAUUGUAAUUCUGGAAAUUCGGGAAAGUUGCAAAGUUUCCGAAAUCAGUUGAGAGAUCAAGUGAGGCAGGAUGGUAUCAAUUUUUCGAGGAUCCCGGACGAAAUCGCUCUUCGCGCCGUGGCUGCAAAAUACGCCAUGGAAUUCAGUUCGUCCUCCAUUACGACGGUGAAUAACGGGGUGUCGACGUACAACGGGGGUGGCGCCUCUUUUUCCUCCACGUCGACGGCGUCCUCCUCUUCGUCCGGCUACCCGUCAUCCAUCGCCUCCCUGACGACAAACAAUAAACCCGCGUCGACCAACUCGUCCUCGGCGUCGUCGUCAUCAUCUUCUGGCGCCGCGGCGGUGGGGACGAUGACGACGGGAGGAGGUGGGCCACCCCCCUCGACCACCUGGCUGCGGGAGGGGCUGCCUCUGCUCGAAUUUCAGCAACAAGUUCUUCAACAGUUGAGAGAAAUUUGGCUGGAGGAGAGGAGAAAGUUGGCGCGAAAUGGGGGACAUUUAGUGAUGGGGGGAAGUGGGGUGGGGAAUAUGAGGAUGGGGAGUGGUUUGGGUGGUGGUAGUGGUGGGGUGAACCCGUCGUGCUUAGGGUUUUCGGGGAGGUCGGGAUCCGCUCAGGAUAUUUUACAGGGUGGUGAAAGUUGUGGGAGAAAGUUGGGGGGAAGUAGUGGCUGGGAUACGCCGAGAAGGUCGGGGAAAGGAAGAAGUAGUGGCAGUGGUGCUGGUGGGGGACAACUUUAUACGCCGGGAGUUUAUCAGCCGUCGAGCUGUCUCCGAGACCGUGACGAUAUUUACGACUACGUUCCACCGAGACGGAAACCCCUACCGGAUGUCGAUGAUGAUGACGACGAGAGAAAUAACGACUCUCCCGUCGCCCAGUGUUCGACAAGACUUAGGGGCGCCACACUCUCCCGUCUUGGUCGCGGGGGUCGAUCCUCCUCCAGCGGUUUGUGCUCGAGUGGUGGCCGCGACUAUGGCUUCAUCCUCUCGCCGCGCCAUCGAGGCGCCACCACGUCCACGACGGGGGGCAAGUUCUCCACUUUGAGGGGACGAAACUCCUCGUCCGCCGUGAAUUCGAAUUCCUCGACGUCUUCGUCCCAAGCAAAUCAAGGUUUGCCACAGAAUUCGUUGUCGUCCUACACCAUUUCCGGUUCGUGUUCCUCCUCAACUACCACUUCGGCUCAUUCAGGGUCAAACAGUCAGUACGGGUUCGUCUCAGGAUUUCCACAUUAUCAGUAUCCACGUGGUUCUACAGGCGAUGAAACUGUGGGUUGCAGAACGUUGGUGAAUCUGCACAAGUUGGGGCGACGCCUCGGCCUCACGCGAUUCUUUAGAACUUUGCGCCUCCAAAAUGCCGACGGUUCUGCGUCCGGAACGACGACGCGGCACUAUUUCAAUUCUCCCGCUACAUCCUCCGAUCGCGUCCUUUACGCCAUCACGCCCACGUCCGCGGAAACCUUGGCGCGGUUGCGACGUCUGCAGGCACAGACGAAUCACAACUCAGGCUUUCAAGCGGAUGACAUUAGUCCUGGAGAGCUCGAGUACCAGCUGGACGGAGCUAUGGGGUCGUCAAUUAGCGAUGGUAAUGGAUCCGACUCGAAUAUUAUGAAUCGCCAAAGUCCGAUCGAGAGUGGCUGCCGUGGGGGCGGACCUUUAGCAUCUCUCCCUUCGAAUGAACGUAUCAUCGAGACAAUCAAUAGACUGAAAUAUGAAGAGCUUCAAAGGAGAAAGCAGCGACUUUCGGCCGAACAUCAAAUCAUGUUAAAAGAGCUCAAAAACGGUACUUCUUCCUCCUCCCAUCACGGAAACGCGUCCACAUUUUACGUCGACCCUGACACCCUCAACUCUGCUGGUGGCGACUAUUUUGACCCUCCAUCCCCCCAACAUCAAGAAAAUUACGAAGAACCCUUCGACUCACUUCCUCCACAAAAUCAGAACUUUGGUGCGACUGGGACUGAAAAUUGUGCAGGUGUUCAGAACCCGAGAGGAAGUCGGGCUUCGAAUGAAUCCUUUUCAGAAAUUUUUGCCCGACAUUUAAAAAGUCGUGGGGGCAGUAUCACUCAACAAAGUGGGGGAUCGGGGGCAAAUUUAAAUGGAAACGUGGCCACUAAUUCGUCCAAUAAGAAGGGAUCCGCUGAAGAGUUACGACGCCGCCCGACAUCGACAAGUCUUCCCGUGGCAAAUCGCAACUCUGGGAGUUCCACGUCCAGCGGGGAAAUCGGUGGGGGCGGCUCGUCCGGCUCCAGGAACUCGUUUUUAGGCCGGAUUAGCAACAAGGAUGGAGGUGGAUGGCGACGAAGGGGGUCCAAACACUCGACCAGUGGGGGCGAUUCGAACAACAGGGAUAGUUUCAAUGUCGAUGGGGUCGGGGGUCAAGAUGACGGAGACGAGGGUGAUGGAUGCGUUUCAUUUUCCUUAAUUGGGGCCGGAAAUGGUGCCGAUUGUGACCAUCAAGUCACGGGUGGUUCGUCGGAGGAGGAAUUUACCUCGUUUGGCAGCACAGGACCCUUGUCGUCCUCUUAUGACGGACCCUUCGACGGGGUCGCGGUCGCAUUGGUGGAUUCGCAGCCGAGUCCAUACGAUCGACACGCCCUGAGAUACAAGAAGGGCGAUAUGGUUCAAAUCAUCUCCAAAAAGGCGACUGGACUCUGGAUUGGCAAAGUUGGCGAGCAAGUCGGUCACUUCAAAUUUAUAAAUGUUCGCAUCCUCCCCGAUGGCACGGAUCCCUUUGAUCCUGACGACGCCUACGGUCAAGGCCACCACCACUUCUCCUUGUCCGACCUGAACCCGGAGGAGAGACAAAAUAUGGCGGAUGUCAUCAGCGGAGAAAACGAAGUCGAAAACAAGUCUGACCUCGACACUGGCACGCCGAUCAAGGGGGCGAAAUCGAGGGGAAAAGCGGUCAGGAAAGGAAGACCGAAAGGUGUGGGCGAUCUCCUACACAGGAUUGGACUAGAUGAACACAUCUCUCUCUUCAUCCUCCACGGUUUCGAAACGCUCGACCUCUUCAAAGAACUCGAGGAGGAAGACUUGGACCGUUUGGGCAUCCAGCUGGACACCCAUCGGGGCAAAAUCCUCACCGCAGUGCAGCUUUUACGCGAAUACGAUACCGAUUCCUCCUCCGGAGUCACUGGCGUCCCGCCGGGGUCAACACCACCCCCAACGUAUUAUGCAAUCCAACCACAACCAGACGUCACGGAGGACGAAAUUCGACCCCCGGCGCAAACACUGUAUCAAUACCAGUACUAUCAACAGAGUACGACGCCCGGAAAUAAAAGUCUGGCCGGAAGUGAGGACAGGAAUGAUGAUGAUGAUGAGGAAUGCAACGUGACCACCACCGCGGUUCAGAUACAUCAACCCGUCAAUCGUUCCAAUUUCGAAGGAGGUCAACCCACUGACCUCUCCUUGACCUCGUCACAAGGUCACGGGGACGACAACCCCACCGACGAGAUCAUCCUCUCCCCUACAAACCUCUCUGCAACCAAUAAUCGGUACACGUCUUCACCCCGAAUGACGAUCAAAAGUCAGGUCGACCUGGCUGCCGGAAGAAACCGCUUCCUCCAAGCAAAAUCGCUCUUCGAAUCCAACGGAUUUCCAAACAUGCUGCUCAACAAGGCUGGUGGGGCAGAUAAGCAUAAUUACGACAACAUUGACGAUAAGCAGCCCCCAGUCGUGCAAAGAAUCCCAAGGAAAUCCGGUACAAAUUCGCCUCCACGAAGCGAGUACAGAUCUUAAAAUGAGGAGAGUCUGACUACUAUGUAAAUAUUUGAGGAUGAUAAGUGUAUGAAUGAUUAUAAUAAUUAACUAAUUAUUAACCAAACUAAACAUGUCAUUAAUUACUUAAUUGCAAUCCCAAUAAAAACUCCAACCAACACAAUUUUUGAAAGUAAAGCCAAUUAAAAGUGGAAUUUAUUUUCUUGACUCUCGAAUUAUUCAUCGAAUUUGGAAACAAGAUUUCAAUUUUGAACAGUUUUUUUUCGAAUCACAAAAAUUCAAACAGAUCAAAAUUUUGACACAAUUGAAAUAAUUUAAGAAAAAUUGUACAAAUUUCUUGAUGAAAAAAAUACUUGAAUUUUGGAACAAAAAAUUACUAAAAAAUACGAAAUUCGUAAUAAAUAGUAAUGUAGUAGCAAAGUAAUAGUAAUUUCGUGAUUGGUCGCCAGUUCGUCGAUAAGUUUCUUCUUAUCUUCGUCCACGAGUGGAUAAGCCCUGGGGUACUUUUGCAAAAUUUCGCCUAACAGGACUGAUUAUUCACUUGUUAACAU